AUGGUUCAAAGUGACAACAUCGUGUCCCUUCAAGAGAUCCAAGUUGGUUUGGAGCAAAUUCUGAGCGACACUGACGACUUUGACUCAUGGGCUGGAGCUAUCCGGGAUAGGAUGCUAGAAAAACGUAUGUCACCACCGACUCGAACCGUUGCAGUGCAUAUGAUUUUCGAAAUGGCUGUUUCGGUAGCUCCUCGUCCGUUGUCUGGAAACAACCCGCAGCAUACGCUCGCUCGGCUGUUGAAUUUCUUAUGUUUGGAGAUUCCCUCCUUACUACGCGACGCCGUAUUGAAAUUGCUUUGCGAUUUCCACGGGAAGCGCCUCACGUUUCACCCAGAGCACAGAAUUAAUCUGUGUAUCUUCUUCGCGGAGGUCUAUGAGAAGAUAGAAAUGGUACAGAAAUUUUCAUUUCAAUCAAUAUUACUAUAUUCGCGCAUGUGA